UUUACGUGGACUGUUCGAUGUCUCCCAUCUGCAGAAGCUUGUUACUAGUUGCGUAGUUAAACGGGACGGUUUUCAUCGGUCUGUUGCCUGGCUUGCGAUAUUCAUUAUCACUUUGUGUGACAUGGUUACCGGAGGAAAUACGAGCAUAGGCUUUCUGUUUGCAAAAGCGCGACUGGACUGGAAUGUUGCACAAUACUCUUACGUUACUGGCGUUGGUCAUCUGCUGAACAUCAUAGCUUUGUGUGGAGCUUCUCUAUUCGGAACCAGAUUAGGUACUUCGGACACAAUGUUGGCCGCUCUAGGCCUCGUCUCAAGCUUCAGUUUUUCACUCGUGAAAGCUUAUGUAUGGACAGGCUGGCACAUGUAUCUUGCAGUGUCAAUUGGAAUGUUCUCCGUAAUUGUGCUACCAGUUAUGCAAUCAAUCUUAUCGAAAUCAGUGCCUCCCGGUGAUAUUGGUUCUGUGCUGUCGCUGACGGGGGUUUUGGAAACGUUGAGUCCAAUGGCCGGAGCGCCGCUAUUUGCGUUGGUAUUCUCCCAUUACCUACCACCGAUAUAUCCGUCACCAGUUCACUUUGUUUCCGCUGCUGUGAUGCCGUUGCUGGUACUCUGCACAAGGUUCAUCGAAGUAUUGAUGAGGAGGUCGUGUAACGUGCAAUCUUACACUGCCACCUCGCAAAAAGAGACGGCAGAAUAG